CUAAAAAUAAAACAAAGAAUAAACUUCAUAAUUGAAGAAGUGUAUCAAGAUAAUAUCUACGGAAAGGAUCUCAAAUUUCAUAGUUUUAAAUCAGUGAUGAAAUCAAUGGGUGAACCAUACUCACAAAUGGAACUAUGCUCAUUUCAUUCAUGCUCGAAAGGAUAUAUGGGUGAAUGUGGUCUGAGAGGUGGAUAUGUUGAAUUAAUAAACAUCGAUCCAGAAGUUUUCAAUCAUUUACAAAAAAUGACUUCUGCAAGGCUUUGUUCGACUGUACUUGGGCAGUGCGCAAUUGAUUGUGUGGUAAAACCGCCAGAACCAGGUGAACCUUCGUAUAAUCAAUGGUUAGAGGAAAAGACAUCAAUAUUGGAUUCACUGAAAGAUCGUGCAAGAGCAGUUUAUGAAGCAUAUAAUUCCAUCGAUGGUAUUAAAUGUAAUCCGGUGCAAGGAGCAAUGUAUGCAUUUCCACGCAUCGAAAUGCCUCAGAAAGCAAUUGAUAAAGCUAAGUCACUGAACCAGGAGGCUGAUUUCUUCUAUGCAAUGCAGCUACUUGAAAAUAGCGGUAUUUGUGUGGUACCUGGAAGCGGUUUUGGACAGAAACCUGGAACAUAUCAUUUCCGAACAACAAUAUUGCCACAAGGAAACAUAUUGCGUGAUAUGUUGGAGCGAUUCAAUAAGUUUCAUAAUAAAUUUAUGAAGGAAUAUUCUUGA